AUGGAUUUAGACACAGACGUACCAAUGGAGGACGUUGAAGAGCAACAGCAAUACAACAGCAACAACAGCAACAGCAACAGCAACGACACCACUAUCAAAUUAAACAAAACUACCAUUAAAGAAAAUGCCCAUUCAGACAACAACAAGGAAACAGCACCAUCUCUAGACGCGCUGUCGAUUAACCAAUUAGACGCAUGGAUCGAGAAGUUGUCCAAAUGUGAACCACUUUCAGAAGCAGAUGUGAAAAAGUUGUGUAACAUGGCUAUCGAUGUUUUGCUACGCGAGGAAAAUGUCCAGCCUGUCCAUGUACCCGUGACGAUCUGUGGUGAUGUUCAUGGUCAAUUCCACGAUUUGAUGGAGUUGUUCAAGAUUGGUGGACCUUGUCCCGACACCAAUUACUUGUUUAUGGGUGAUUACGUCGAUCGUGGUUACUACUCUGUUGAAACUGUGUCAUACUUGGUUUGCAUGAAGGUGAGGUUCCCCAAUAGGAUCACCAUUCUAAGAGGAAACCACGAGUCGAGGCAAAUCACCCAAGUUUAUGGAUUUUAUGAUGAAUGUUUACGAAAAUACGGUUCUGCAACCGUUUGGAAGGUGUUUACUGACUUGUUUGACUACUUCCCAAUCACGGCGUUGGUUGACAACAAGGUUUUCUGUUUGCACGGUGGAUUGUCACCAAUGAUUGAAACCAUCGAUCAGGUUAGAGAGUUGAAUAGGAUCCAAGAAGUGCCACAUGAGGGGCCCAUGUGCGAUUUGUUAUGGUCCGAUCCAGAUGAUAGAGGCGGCUGGGGUAUAAGUCCUAGAGGUGCUGGAUUCACUUUUGGUCAAGAUAUCUCUGAGCAGUUUAAUCACACCAAUGAUUUGAGUUUGAUUGCAAGAGCACAUCAGUUGGUCAUGGAAGGGUUCAGUUGGAGUCACCAGGAGAAUGUUGUUACCAUCUUCUCUGCACCAAACUAUUGCUACAGAUGUGGUAAUCAAGCUGCGAUAAUGGAAGUUGACGAACAACACAACAGACAGUUUUUGCAAUACGAUCCAUCGAUUAGACCCGGAGAGCCAACAGUCACAAGAAAAACUCCCGAUUAUUUCUUAUAA